AUGUAUGUGAAAUGGUUUGAUACUGUAAUGUUUUACUAUGUGAUUUUAGUGUAUUUAGUGAAUGUCACUUUUUGACAUUUUUAAAUUUCCCCCCCGGUUACAUCCCCCAGUACGUCCCGACGUCGCAGGGAAUGGAACCCGGAAGACAGAUGCCGACAUCGGCCGGAGGAGAUGGCCGGGGAUGCUGCAGGGGGGACAUCGCGGGAGCGAAGGACAAGGAAGGUGCAGAAGGGAUCCCGGAGCAACGCUGCAGUGUAUUCCCGAGUGCAGCUCGAGGUUACCGCUUGUAGUGCUGAAACUUUACCCCGAGCUACACUCAGGAAUACCUCCAGGGAGCUUAAUGCAUUCUCUGCAUUAA